UUCUUUGCUUUAAGUUUGCUUCAUUAUUGUUCACUUAAAAAUACAAUUCUUCCACUUUCAACAUCUUAUAAAACAGAACUUUGCCUUAUUAGUCUCAAACUCAAACCAAAACUUAUUUUGUUCGGUUUUCCUAGGGAAAUUAAUUUCAUACUUGAAACUGAGCUAUAUUAAUCAGCGAAUAUUUUUCCAUUAUAUUACACCACAAUACUGCUUUGAAUUAAAUUUUCCACGUAAUUCCUUAAAGGCAACACCAAAAUUAAAACAUGAUUAUAAUUACAUUGUUCACAAACUCCACAUUAAAAUUAAUUUGGAUUUAAGGCGAUUAUUAAAUCAGGUAAUGUCCAAAAUCGCAUUCCUUCAUGCACUUAACAACUAGUAAUGUCAACCGGAAAGAAUCUGCGCAUUGCGGUGAUAUGCUCCAGCAACAUGAACAGAAGCAUGGAGGCCCACUCCUACUUGGCCAAAAAGGAGUUCAAUGUGAAAAGCUACGGGACCGGUGACAAAGUUAAGUUGCCCGGAGCUUCGGCUGACAAGCCAAACGUCUACGACUUCGGGACGCCAUACAAUGAUAUUUAUCAGGAUCUUCGCAAGAAAAACGCCGGUUUGUACACCGAAAACGGCAUAUUGCACAUCCUCGACCGUAACCGGAGGAUCAAGAAGCAUCCGGAAAGAUUCCAGGAGACGGAGGAAGUGUUUGAUUUGUUGAUAACAUGCGAGGAGAGGGUCUAUGAUCAAGUUUUGGAGCAUAUGGACACCAGAGAAGCGAAGGACAAUUCCAUUGUUCAUAUAGUUAACUUCGAUAUUACUGAUAAUUUGGAUGAAGCCACUGUCGGUGCUUUUCUUAUUACCGAUUUUUGUACCAUGAUUGAAAAGACCUCAGAUUUAGACGACGAAAUUGAGGACGUCCUGUCUGCGUUUGAGGAGAAGACUCACAAAAGAAUUCUGCACAGUAUUGCCUUUAAUUAAUAUUAUGUUA